CCGACAGUGGGAGCUGAGGAAGGCCGGCGUGCCCGGGGGCCCGGGGUCGGGCUAUGAGAACCCCUGCCUCGAGACCUCGUGGGGCCAGGCCCCGCGGACCGGGAGGGAGCGCAACUCCUUCUGCACCCUCACCCUCGAGGCCCUCCCGCGAUUGGACUACUACCGCGAGAACAGAGGGUCCGCCAAGAGGCCUUCUCUGGGGGAGCUGCACGGCGAUCACCCGUACUCCCAGGCCGCUCGGACGUUACCGUCACAACAUAAUUCUUUCAUAUCUUCAUCUCAGUUAACCGAAGAUGGCGAGGAAGAAACAGAUAAGAAAGGUACAGAGCCCGGAACCCCUGCCGUCCAUGUUGGCAUCAAACUGGGGUGGAUCGAAGGAGUACUCAUCCCAUGUUUGCUUAACAUUUGGGGUGUUAUGUUGUUCUUGCGGUUGGCUUGGGUCGUGGCACAAGCAGGGGUUGGCAUGUCGUUGGUCAUCAUUGCGAUAUCUGCCAUUGUCUGUGUUAUCACCACACUCUCCUUAUCGGCGAUAUCUACCAAUGGGGAAGUCAAAGGAGGUGGAGUGUAUUACAUAAUUUCAAGAUCUCUAGGACCUGAAUUCGGUGCGUCUGUUGGUGUAAUCUUGGCCUUCGCCAAUGCGGUAUCAGCCUCAAUGAACACAAUAGGCUUCUGUAAUUCCCUCAAUGAUCUCUUAGCUGAAUAUAGUGUAAAGCUUAUAGAUGGUGGGAUCAACAAUGUGAGGGUAAUAGGAAUUAUAGCAAUUCUUGUUAUGGUCAUCAUUUGUGCAAUCGGAAUGGAAUGGGAAUCUAAAGCUCAAAAUUUCUUGUUGGUUGUGAUUGUGGCAGCGAUUUUUGAUUUUUUGGUUGGGGCUGUACUUGGUCCUACUUCCGAUCUAGACAAAGCAAAAGGAUUCCAUGGAUUUUCAUUGGAAGUAAUGAAAGAAAACUGGAGUCCUAAUUAUCGUUAUAGCGAAAAUGUGCAACAGGAUUUCUUUUCUGUGUUUGCUAUUUUCUUUCCUUCUGUCACUGGAAUCCAAGCAGGUGCCAAUAUUUCAGGUGAUCUGAAAGAUCCUGCUGGUGCUAUACCAAAAGGAACAUUGCUUUCUCUAGCAAUCUCAAUGUUUUCAUAUGCACUUUUUGUUGUUUUUGCCGGAGCAGCUGCAAUUCGAGAUGCGAGUGGAUCUGUUUCAGAUUUGGUUUCAAAUAAUAUCACUGCAUGUGUUUCGGACCAUGAUUGCAAGUAUGGUCUUCAUAAUGAUUACACGGUGAUGCAGUUGAUGUCCGCAUGGGGUCUCCUGAUUUAUGCCGGUUGCUUCGCUGCGACCUUAUCCACUGCUCUAACUAACCUACUCUCCGUACCAAGACUCAUACAAGCCCUUGGUAUAGAUCACAUUUAUCCUGGUCUCAUAUUUUUCAGUAAAGGUUACGGAAAAUCUGGAGAACCAUACAGAGGAUACGUUCUUACUUUUCUAAUAUCUUCGGCAUUUGUCAUUAUAGCUGACUUAAAUGCUAUAGCUCCUUUGAUUUCAAACUUCUACCUUGCAUCUUAUGCUCUUAUCAACUUCUGCAAUUUCCAUGCUGAGCUCAUCAAGCCUCUUGGUUGGAGGCCUACUUUUAAAUUCUACAACAUGUGGCUAUCAAUGUUUGGAUUUUUCGCUUGCGUGCUAAUUAUGUUUCUGAUUGAUUGGAGGACGUCACUCAUAACAUUUGGCGUUUUUUUCGUGCUUUACAUAGUCGUUGUAUAUAGAAAACCAGAUGCUAAUUGGGGUUCUUCCACCCAGGCCCAAGUUUACAAAACAGCUUUGAUGACAGUGCAAAAAUUAGCUGGUAGCGUUGAACAUGUUAAAAAUUAUCGACCACAGGUUCUAGUCCUAUCUGGCCCACCCGAGAGCCGGCCAGCGUUAGUUGAUCUCGCUAACCUAAUAACAAAGCACAACUCACUUCUCAUUUGUGCUGAUAUUUCCAAGGAAAGAUUGUCACACAGAAACAGAGAAAGCCGAGUGGUCAGGGGACAAGAUUGGCUGACUUGCAAAAAAGUUAAAGGUUUCUUUACACUUGUGGACGGUUUAGGCCCGGCGGAAGCUGCAAGGUCUAUUAUUCAAACGACAGGAGUUGGAAAGUUGAGACCUAACGUUUUAAUGAUGGGAUACAAAUCUGACUGGGCUCAAUGUCCAUAUGAUGACCUCAACGUUUACUUCUCUAUUCUACAUGAGGCCUUUGCAAAUCGAUUCGCAGUUGUGAUUCUAAGGCAUCCAAGUGGUUUAGACUUUUCUUUACCUACUACAAUAGAACCUGUCCCUGUAAUAGAAGAACUUGCUGCUUCCAUGACCGAUCUUACUAAUGGUUCUGCUUUAAAAGGAUCACCUGAUAUAUCAAGAAUACCUUCUCAAGCUUCGUUCAUUAUUUCUGGAAAUGUUGUAUCUGACAGAGCUGUUUAUAAUACUGGUUUUACCAAUGGAAUAUCACCUUCAAAUAUUUUAAGAACUAGAAAAAAGGCCACAACUGAUAAAAUGUUACUGAAAUAUCCAAAUGAGGAGGAAUACAGCAAAGCUAUUAUUGAUGAUAUGAGAAUAUUUGAUAAAAAAUUCAAAGGAGGAUAUUUAGAUGUUUGGUGGCUCUAUGAUGAUGGAGGUUUUGCAAUACUCUUACCAUAUAUUUUAAGCACUAGACAGAUAUUUUCUUCAUGUCGUAUGCGUGUAUUUGCAAUAGCAAAUCGUAAUUAUGAUUUGAAAACUGAAGAAGCCAGCAUGGCAAGUUUGUUGGGAAAGUUCCGGAUAGAGUACGAGUCUCUUACUAUGAUCAACGACAUCAUGGAGGCCCCUCAAGCCAGUACAAGGGAGUUUUUUGAUGAUUUACUCAAAGGAUUCAGGGAAAAUACUUGUAAAGAAGAAGGUGCUGUCGUAACUGAAGAAGAAUUGGAAAACCUCAAAGAAAAAACUGACAGGCAAUUGAGAUUGAGAGAAUUGCUUCAAAAGCAUUCCAAAGAUUCUACUUUAGUUGUAAUGUCAUUGCCGAUGCCAAGAAAAGGUCUUGUAUCAGCAGCCCAUUACAUGGCAUGGUUAGAAUGUUUGACCAGAGGAAUGCCUCCGUUUAUCCUGCUACGAGGAAAUCAAACUCCUGUCAUUACAUUUUACUCUUAGUUGAAAAUUCAAUAGCCAAUUGCAUGUUUUGUGGAUAGUCUUUCAACUAGGUUAUUAAGUAUAAAGUGUAAACCAGAUUACAUCUGGUUAUUUUUUACAUUGACUCCAAAAAAUGCUCGAUUGAUUGCCAUAUCAAAUAGUAUCUAGGAUUAUUCUUAAAAACUUUGUAGUCAUUAUUAAAUGUUUAUAAUUCAUUCAUGUAUGUCCCAAGAGUAACUAGUAGUAUUUAUUUAGUUCUAGGUAUUAUUUUCACUGUAGUCAGUUACUAACAAAAUAUUAAAGCAAUAAAAUUAAAAAUAAUUGUUUAAAAAUAUUUUAUUGCUUUAACAAGUAUUUUUAUUUACUUUUUCUUAAUUAUGAAGUUAAAAGAAAUAUUUUUGAAUACAGCAUUUCCUUGUGAACUUGAACUACCGUUUAUUGUAUAAAAAUAUAACUGAUAAAACUGCUGUGUUUUUAUGCCAACAAAAAAACAAACAGUACAUUUAGUAAUUUAAAUCAUUGUUUAAUUGAAUCUCUGUACUUUAUUAGUUAUAAGAUCAUAAUAUAGUCUUUUUAAAAAAAUCAAAGUAAUUCAUUAUGUUUUUUACUAGCUUCUUUGAAUUGUUAUUAUAAAUUUAUUUAACUCAUCUUUCAUUAAGAAUACUAUUUUGUAAUCAAGUGAAUAAUGCUAUAAGAUUUAAUAUGACCAAAUAUAAGAUAUAAAUUUAUAUUUCUGGUUUUAUCAAAAGUAAGUCAAUGGACGAAAAAUUAGUACUAGAAGGUACUUUUUUUUUUCUUGAAAAUUUCAUCUUUCAAUUCCUGAACAUUUAUGAAAUAGUGACUAAAUUUAUUUAAAUUAUAAUGUUUUAUUGAGGAAGGAGUUGGUCCAGGGUCAUAAAAAGACUAAAAUAUUAAAAAAAAAUACUGUUUUAUUUAAAGCC